UGACGCCAUUUUGGAUCUUAUGCAACGAGGUAUUUUGCGUAUACCCAUCCGUCUACCGUGAGCCAACAUGGCCGAUAAGACUCCUCGGUUUCUUAACAUGUGGAUAACUCAAAACGUCGCUCUGCGUGAGCUCGUGUUUUCUUCCUGCGUGCUGUAGUGGAGCAGCAUGGCUUCAUCUGCGAAGAGGCGAGCUGUUGAAACGGGACAAAACCCCCAAGACGGCGAUAAAAGCUCGGACGAGGGUCUGGAAGACUCUGGCGACGAGGACAGUGAGAAUUCUGAAAAAAUAAACGAGGAGGUUAUUGUGGACUUUGAAGCACACGCGAUAUCUGACAACGACUUCCAUGGCAUUAAAACCCUUCUGCAGCAGCUGUUCCUGAAGUCUCAUGUGAACACAUCUGAUCUGACUGACAUCAUCAUCCAGCAGAAGCACAUUGGCAGUGUCAUCAGGGAAUCGGUGAGCCAAGAUACAGAUGCAAUAAUGGCUCCGCUGCACAACCCUAAUGCCAAGUGA